AGAAAAUGCUGGCACCGCCUACCCGGACGCGUACACGCAUCCCCUACCGGUUCGUUGCAGGAAGUUGGCGGGCGUCCGCGGGGAGCAGGCCGGGGACUGUGCACCCCGAGGUGUGCUGAGGAGGCAGGCUGGGUCUGGGUUCCCAGAGGGAGGGUCGAGCGCGAGGGUCUGGGUCCGCGCGCCCGGGUAGGCUGCGGAGGCGCUGGCCAGGGCCUGGGGGAAGCCUUCGUCGGGGAAAGGGGACCGGGCUUCCCGGAGGGCGAGAGGACAAGGCACUCGCAGGAGAGCCAGCGAGGUGCGCUGCCCUGCGUGCCGAGGUUCCCGGCCCAGCUCGGCCUCUGCUCGGUCCCUCUCCUCUGCGAGGGUCCAAAUGCAGACGGCGCGCGUGCGAAGAACCGGAGGGUGCCCGCGACCCACGGCCAUGCGGAGUCAGCGUCCGAGCCAUUCUCCCCAGAUCUGGGUGGUACCAGAGGUGAGGCGAGGGCCUCGCUAUAGGCAGGGUUGCCCAAUGCAGCUUAAAAAAAAAAAAACAAAACAAAACAAAGAAAAACGAAUGUGCACUUAUACACCAUGUAUAAAAUAUAACAUAUGUAUAUUCAGUAUUACAUAUUUAUAUACAAACGCAUAUUCUUGUGUAAAUGUACUUACAUAUAAGCGUAAUUACAUAGAAGUAUAAAUAUACAUAUAAAUCUAAAUGCAGUCACACGGGACGCCCAUGUACAUUUGAAUUUCAGAUAAGAGGGUACUUUUUUAGUAUAGGUAUGUCCCAUGCAGUUUUGGGAACAUUUAUCCACAAAAAUGACUCGUUGUCUGAACUUCAAUUGGAGCGCGCGCGCUGCGUUUUUCUGGCAAACCCAACGGGAGAAGACCGCCUGGGCGGGAAGGAGCGCGGUGGCGCGUAACAGCGCGAACUACAAGCCCCACAAUGCCGCGCGGCACCCGGGCCCUGAUAGGCUGCGCCAUGCUUCCGUCUUCGUCACUUCCGGCCGCGGAGGUAGCGGUUGCACCAGUCGUACCUGCCCUGACGUUCGCGGGGCCGGGGUCGGCGGCUGCCAUGAACUUCUCUGAGGUGUUCAAGCUUUCCAGCCUGCUCUGCAAGUUUUCCCCGGACGGCAAAUACCUGGCUUCUUGUGUCCAGUACCGGUUAGUGAUCCGGGAUGUGAACACCCUUCAGAUUCUUCAGCUGUACACAUGCCUGGACCAGAUCCAGCACAUCGAGUGGUCGGCGGACUCCCUGUUCAUCCUGUGUGCCAUGUACAAGCGGGGGCUGGUGCAGGUGUGGUCCUUGGAGCAGCCGGAGUGGCACUGCAGAAUCGACGAGGGCUCGGCAGGGCUGGUGGCCUCGUGCUGGAGCCCGGACGGGCGCCACAUUCUCAACACCACCGAGUUCCACGUAAGCGCGCGGGCCCACGUCGCGGAUCCCUUCCUUCCGAAGUCGCAUGGCAGCGGUAAACUGCGGAUAACUGUGUGGUCCUUGUGCACAAAGUCUGUGUCUUACAUCAAGUACCCCAAAGCCUGUCAGCAGGGGAUUACCUUCACCCGGGACGGCCGCUACAUGGCGCUGGCAGAGCGGCGGGACUGCAAGGACCAUGUGAGCGUCUUCGUCUGCAGCGACUGGCAGCUCCUGCGGCACUUCGAUACAGAGACCCAGGACCUCGCAGGGAUUGAGUGGGCCCCAAAUGGCUGUGUGCUGGCAGUGUGGGACACCUGUCUGGAGUACAAGGUCCUGCUCUACUCCUUGGAUGGCCGGCUCUUGUCUGCCUACUGUGCGUACGAGUGGUCCCUGGGUGUCAAGUCUGUGGCCUGGAGCCCCAGCAGCCAGUUCCUGGCGGUUGGAAGCUAUGACGGGAAGGUGCGCAUUCUUAAUCAUGUGACUUGGAAAAUGAUCACAGAGUUUGGGCAUCCAGCAACCGUUAAUAAUCCCAAAAUAGUUGUGUAUAAGGAAGCCGAGAAGAAUCCACGGCUGGCGCUGGGCCGCCUUGCCUUUCCCCCGCCCAGAGCAGCGGCCGGCCCAGCCUCCACCACGGAGAGCAAAUACGAGAUCGCCUCGGCACCAGUUUCCUUACAGACUUUGAAGCCCAUUGCUGACAGAGCAAACCCGAAAAUCGGCAUAGGGGCGCUGGCCUUCAGUCCGGACAACUACUUCCUGGCGACGAGAAACGACAGUGUCCCGAACGCCGUCUGGAUCUGGGACGUACAGAAGCUGAGACUGUUCGUGGUGCUGGAGCAGCUGUCCCCGGUGCGCUCCUUCCAGUGGGACCCGCAGCAGCCCCGGCUGGCCAUCUGCACGGGGGGCGGCAAGGUGUACCUGUGGUCGCCGGCGGGCUGCGUGUCGGUGCAGGUGCCCGGGGAAGGUGACUUUCAGGUGCUUUCUCUGUGCUGGCAUUUCAGCGGGGACUCCCUGGCCCUUCUCAGUAAGGACCACUUCUGUCUAUGUUUCCUGGAGACCGAAGAGAGGGUUGGCACCGCCUUUGGACGGCCUGGUGACCACACAUAGGACCUGUGUGUAUCCAGGCCCGGGUGAGGCCAAGGCAGGACACCCGGCACGUGCCGGCUGCAGAGAAGGGACGGGCUUCUCUGGGGAGUUGCUCCAGCCACGGUGGCCCAGAACAAAUGAUUUGCUGUUAUUUUUCUAUAGCAUUUUUGUAAAUAUGUAUGGUAUGAAACUACUUUUUAUUUAAAAUAAAUAUUUGCGAAUGCGUAAA